AUGGAGCAAAUGGGAUUUCCAAUCAAAAGGAGGUUAUGGGUUAAGGGGAUUUCGGAGUCGUCACAGGCGUCCGUUCUUGUUAACGGAUCCCCGACGUUUGAGUUCCAAUGUCAUCGAGGGGUUCGUCAAGGGGAUCCCCUAUCCCCAUUUAUUUUCGUUUUAGCUAUGGAGGCGUUUACUUGCUUUAUGAACUGGGCUAACAAUGAAGAUGCAUUUUCGGGUUUAACUUUGCCUAAUAACGGUCCGACUAUUUCGCUUCUCAUGUAUGCGGAUGAUGUCCUUGUUAUUGGAGAAUGGAAGGACAAAAAUGCGGACAACUUAGCUAGAAUCUUACGGGCCUUUUUUCUUAUGUCGGGGCUGAAAAUUAACCACAGUAAAUCUACUUUGGUUGGGCUUGGGGUUGAUGACCAAGAGGUGGAACGACUCGCCGGUAAGAUUAGGUGUCGUAAAGGUGUGGUCCCAUUAACGUAUUUGGGCCUAGUGGUCGGGGCUAACAUGAACCUCUACAAAAAUUGGAAGAGUGUUAUUGAUUUGGUGGAAGUAGGUUGUCCUUAUGGAAAUCAUCAGUUCUAUCGAUCGGAGGAAGGUUAA